AUGCGUGCAAUGCUAGAAGUACGCCCCAAUGAUCUACCAAGCAGGCGAACGCCUACACUCAGUAACUUCCCCUUGGCCAUUCAUCAAAUGGGGAAUGAAUAUCGUGGGCCCCCUCCCGUCCCGACGAGGAGCAUUCGCCCAAAUACGCGAAAAGGAAGUAAUCCCCUUCAUUUGGAAGAACAUCAUAUGCCGUUUUGGUUUCCCCAAAGAAAUCAGCUGCGACAACGGCCUCAAUUUGCAGGAAAGAAGGUCGCCGACCUUUUCGAAAAAUGGCACAUCAAAAGAAUACUGCCACUGCCAUACCACCCUGCGGGUAACGGGCAAGCCGAAUCCUCAAACAAGUCAAUACUUAAUAUCAUGAAGAAGAAGCUCGAAGACGCCAAGGGACUGUGGUCGGAGAUAUUACCAGAAGUACUCUGGGCCUACCGAACAGCGCCAAAAAUGAGCACAGGGGAAAUGCCAUACUCGUUAGUCUAUGGGACUGACGAAGUAAUACUAGUCGAGGUCGGAGAACCCAGUCUAUGA